GGGGCGGGGCGAGGGGGCGGAGGGGUGCACGCGCACGCUGAGUAUAGUCGCUAUUAAAGAGCCUGCGAGCAGCACAGAGGAUUAAUCUCUACAAUGGGUGUUAAACUGUACUACACGACCGUCACCGCUUCAAGAGAGGUGAAAUCCCAGCAGGGUGAAGUGAUGCGCAUAUUAGAGAGUAAGAACAUCCGGUUUGAACUGAUUGACAUUUCUGUGGGCGGGGACGUCCGGGAUGAGAUGAGAACCAAGUCGGGUAACCCUAAAGCUGCCCCUCCGCAGAUUUUCAAUGAAGAUCAGUACUGUGGGGACUAUGAAAUGUUUUCUGAGGCGGUAGAGUCGGACACAGUGGAGAAGUUUCUCAAGAUUGCAUGAGAGUCCUACCUGGUAGCAUCCAAUGCCUUUUCCUCUGCUUUGCUGGUCCAGGAGUCCUAAAAUGAAGACCUGCCUCGUGUCCUCUGCUCAUUGGCAAUGUCUACCAUUCUUUGUAUCUAUGCCAUUUUAAUAUGCCAAACACAUGUUCCUGUCUGCCAUGCAGUGACCUGAAAGCACAGAGUACUCCACUGGAUUUGCCCUAAUUAUUUUUAAUAUGGUUGGUCAUGUUGUCAGUAUUCAUUUGUGCACGAAUCAGCGCUGUCAUUGAUUUUUCUGUUUCUAAAUGUAAUUAGUUAUGUUGCUGGAAUCAGUGGAGCUCCAGAAUAUGGAGUAAAUAGAUAAUCUAAUCUCGAUUGAAAUCACUUUCUACUUAAUCUGAAUCUAAUCUACACUCAAACACAACAAAAACCUGAUCUCCUGUGGACCAAAAAAUAUCAGUUACCUAUAUAUAUAUAUAUAGUCUUAUUUUUUUUUAUCUGUUGUCCUUUACAGUUGCUUGUCUUAUCUUGACAAACCAAGUCCAUGUGAUUAGUGGACAGCAUGCUAAAUUUAAUCGUAAGGCAUUCCUUAAAAAUAGUGGCUGCUUUUGCAUUUUGAUGCGGACCAGGUGAAUAUGACCUUCAGUACCACCAACUGCUCUGAAAACACUGUUUAAAGUCUCUGUAUAUGUGGCAAGAUGAAAAAUGUUACCAAGGUUCAUAGAAUGAAAGCAUUCCAUUGUAUUCAAUUGUGCCAAUAAAUGUCCCUGAAAAUGCAGUUUCCACAUUAAUACAGUCUCCUCUUCUGAAACAUGAGCUUUGCUGUGGUUAGAGCUUGUAUUCCAGAAAAGCCCAAUAAUCUUAAGAGUCAAAAAUUACAGUAUUUUAAAGUGAGAAAUAAUUGGCAGGUUGGUCUUAUAAUUGUUUAUUAUGACCCAUAUGGCUGCCUGGACCCUUUAAUGUCACAAGAUUCUGAUAAUGAACUGAAUGUCUGCAUGUCCAUGAUAAAUACCUUCAUUCCUUUAGGAGCAGUCUAGUUCAGUUCUUCUACAGAAUGGCAACACAUUAAUCUGAAAGUUUCUGCAUUAUCUAAACUGUAGUUCCAGGACGUGUCUGUAAUCCAACAUCUCUAUUUCAGACCAGACUUUCAUUCAUUUGUCUUCACUAACUGCUUGCUAAGGGUUGCAGUGGAUCCAGAACUGGUUCUGGUAACAAUUUAGUGCAGCCAGUCCGCCUGCCUGCCUGUUUCUGGGCAGUGGGAGGAAACCCAUGCAGACACAGAAAGAACGUAUGAUACGCCACAUUGAGCCGGGGACCAUGGAGCUGAGGGCCGGCAGUGCUACCCACCGUGCCACGCUUGAUCUGAACAUACUUAACUAAAAGUUUCCGCAAAAAAAUUAUUAAAGGAAUUAAUCCAAGUGAUGCAUCUCAUGUUAUAUUUGAAAGAUAAAGGUUCAUUCAGGAAAUGUGCCACAUUUUCAUGCUCAUCCAAAAAGUAGUGCUUUACGAUGCCAGGCCUGUGGACAUCAAAUGCACCUAAUGCAACUGAGCUGUUAAUCAGCAACCACUUGUAAAGUGUCUCAGGUAUGUUAUAUGCAAUCAGAGUAGAGACUGAAAAACAUUGGCCUUUCUUGGAAUGACUGUAUCUGUGUAAUCUGUAGUUGUAAACUCAAAUAAAACAUUUACCUUGCUACUAUUA